AUGGCGCCAAAGAGAAAAGCCAUUGAGGAUAAUGGGACACAGCCUAACAAAAUCUCCAAGCAUGUGGAUGACUCGAUUUCGGAAGGGUCUGAGACUUCCUUCGAAACCGAUAGUAUUGAUAAUGUGUGUCAUGAUGCAACACCUGGUACACCUCUCUCCGUAACUUCUUCCAAAUAUCCGUCGGAACUCAAGACCCAUCUAUGCCCCUUCGAUGGUUGCACCAAAGCUUUCAAUAGACCUGCUAGACUUCAGGAGCACAUAAGAUCGCAUAAUAACGAACGGAUAUUCAAAUGUACCCAUAACGACUGCAACAAAACUUUUCUUCGAGCCUCCCACCUGAACCACCACAUCAAAAGUGCACAUACGGCCGUGCGUGAUUAUGUUUGCGAAAGACCAGGUUGUGGGAAGACCUUUGUGACGGGAACAAGGCUUCGAAGGCACAUUGCUGCACAUGAUGGAAGGGACAAGUUUCGGUGCACUGAAUACCCUCCCUGUAACGAGACGUUCCGAAAGCAUUCGACCUUGAACAAUCACAUACUAUUAACCCAUUUGAACCAAAAGCCAUACCCUUGCCAAUAUAUUCAUCCGGUGACAGGGAAAAAAUGUGAACAAGCUUUCGAAUCUGCCGCUCAUCUUCGGGGUCAUGAGAAUCGCGCGCACACAGAAAAUCGGUUUAUUUGUACGGAAUGCGCCUCCGGGUUAGGUGGAUUUACCGACACAACGACAGAGAACGUUGCCGAAGAUGUAUCGUUUUUUUCUUCAUAUGCUGAGUUACAGGCGCAUAUUAAGUCCGUACACCCGCCUAACUGCCCGCAAUGCCCUUUCAUAUGCUCUUCUUCUCGAGAGUUACGGCGCCAUCUUGAAAUGUCUCACGGUGAUGUUAUCAUUGAUGAAAAGCGUCAAUUCCCAUGCAUGGUCCCUGGCUGUGGGCGCAGUUUUACGAAAAAGGGUAAUUUGACCGUUCAUAUUCGUUCGGUUCAUGAAGGCGAGAAGCGUUUCGUUUGUGGUGGAACGGACUUGUCGACGUCUAAGAAAGUCGAUGGGUGGACUGGAGAUGGUUGUGGCAAGCGAUAUGGUAGCAAGCUGGCCUUGGAAGAACACGUUCGUACCGUUCAUCUUGGGCUAUUGAACACCAAGGCAGAACGCCGAGAACUGCUUGGGAUUAAAGAAGCAAAGUGUCGGUCCAAAAAGUCGAAUAUAUCAACGAUAGCUCUUCUGACUGGCGAAGGCUAUGCUGAUGAAACUGGCCGACAUAUUGCUUGCUUAAAGGACAAUUGCGAUUACCGCUUCUACAGGGAAUACGACCUUUGGGUUCAUAUGCAGAGCAAGCAUGGAUAUGCAGAAAAUGAGAUUGAAGCCAUGUUCAUGCAACGGGCUUUGCAGAAUGAUAACCAGAAUACUAUUUUUGGGAUAUAUGGGCUUGAUCUCGAUGAUGGUGAUACCCAACAAGGCGCUAUGGUAGGUAUAGAUACUGUACAGUCGUUUACGGAUCUCCACCUCACCGGGAAUGAGUUUGAUGAAAAGAUCAAUGAAAUUACGAACUUUAACGACACUGUGAUGCAGGACAUGGGGGAUUCCGCUGGGCUCCUCGUCGAUGAACCCCUGCAGUCUAAGAAUGUUUUCCCCGGUAUAGAUCCAAGUUUAUUUUCCGUGACUGAAUAG